AUGGCCGGUAUAGGGGAAAUUUCUAAGAAUUCUUCCAAGUCGAGAUGGUGGAUGGAUUUAUUAGCUUUAGAUAAGAAACUUCCGGAGAUUUUUUUUGUGAUAAUGUGUUCUUUCGUAUUGGGAAUGGAUGUCUCAAUUGCAGGGAUGGGCAGUUGGAUUCAAGGCGAGUGGCGCUGGAGUGAUUUGGGCCUGAAUAAUUUGCCCGCGGGAGCCACUGGUACAGCAGCGCUGCUGUAUGGUUUGCUGCGCCAGGCUGUUGGUCCGUCUAGGGGCAGCGACGUCGACGUCCCUUUUUGGAGAUUGACGGGUCAUCAUUGGUUUACGGUGUCUUCUUGCUACGAGGACAUUUGCACAAGGAAGGUAGUUUUCGGCCCCCCAAACCGUUUCAACUUUGUUAUGGAGUUCAUUUGGAAGAUUGAUGUUCCUUUAAAGUGUAAAGUUUUCGGUUGGCGGUGUCUUCGUGAUAGGAUUCCGACUAAAGACUCGCUUGUCCGUAGAGGUAUCCCUCUUUCUCCCUCGGCUCUGUCUUGUUCUUUUUGUGGUGUUUGUAGUGAAACUUCCUGCCAUUCUCUUCUUCUUUGUCGUACGGUGGAUGAUGUUUGGAGGUAUAUUGCUUCAUGGAUUGGUUUGGUGGAUUAUAAGGCGGAGAAUUUUAAAGAGAGUUUUUGGAUUUGGCAUUCUUUUUGUAAUAGGAAGAAAGUUAAAAGAGGUAAGCUAGGAUGCGCUUGGUUGGCAACUCUUUGGACGUUGUGGUUACAUAGGAACAAGAUUAUAUUCAAGAAUUUUGGAUGGAAUUCUAGGGAUGUUGGUUGGGAUGUUAAAGUGUUGGUUUGGAGGUGGGCUUUUAUUUGGAAUAUUGCUCAUGCCAAUUGUAACUUUUAUGAGUUUGACAAAAACCCUUUGUUUUUCCUAAGUUAG